UCAAAUGUCCACCAUGGUCCGAUAGCAUAGGGCUCUUAGUUAUAUGACUAACUAAGCACAAAUUCGUUUUAUGUGACAUUUACACAGUUCUUUAGAUUCAGAUACAUUUGAUUUCAUUCAAAUCUUUCGAGACUAUUUCGAAGCAUCGAGCUACCGUUUAGUGUUUUGCCUAGAAUAUUCCACUUGUGAUAGGGGAACGUUAAGCUAGCUAGCCUCGAAGAUAGCUUUUUUAUCCAGCUAGUUACGUGUGACCUUUAACAUCGGAUAGGUGAAUUUUGGUUAAAUUGGUUUAAAAUAGACUAGCAUCAAAACUAGUUGGUUUGCUCUUGAAUUCGAUGUCGGUAACAAUUACAUAUUGUAUGUAGCUAACUUAAUGUUAGCAUUUUCCCAGGCUACUUUAUGUUCGCUAACUGGCUAUCGUUAACUAGGAGAGGACAUUUUACCCAUCUUCUUAGACCCCAGUAAGUAUAAGUUAGCAGGCAGCUAUGUUUCUGUCUCCGUCUAAAUGCAACAUUUACCGGGCCCAUGAUCCGGCUUAUUAUGAAAGUGUUCCCCGACACACAGCGCAAGUGAAUAUACACAGUUCUGGCAAAGACUCGGUCAAACAGAAAAGCGUUUCUCAUAAUGGCAACAUUCAGUCUUCGUUGAGGCUGGGGUUGUUACAUGGAAAAGGAGUGUUCAACUCCACAGCCUGCGAGGAUUCAAGUCCAGACCUCACCUGUGCGCUCAGCUGUAUCGCUGACAACGGGAGAGCAUCAUGUAUGGAAACCUCUAUCAACCCAGCAGUAACUGCUCUCAGGGCAACUGGGUUCGGUAAAUGCGAAUCCCCGGUAAAGAUCUUUGCAAGAAUGAAAGCCAAAGUGUCAAACCAUAACACUCCUUUUAAGAGCACCGUUGUACAUGAAGACCGAAUGCCAAGACACAGGAUCUUACGGGAUGACAUGGACUUCAAUAUGAUGGAAAUUGAGCAAAAUCCAUCCUCCGUGGAUGAUACGGAUGCAUUCACCCUUUCCCCACCAAAUUCUCCCGGGGAAUCUCCAACAUCAGAGGGGAACGAUUGCGAGUCGGAUGCGGGGUUCCAUGGGGGUCAUGGAAAUGUCAAGGUUAUGGGCCGAUCCACUCCAGCUGAAAGGUCGGAUUCGGUAGAACCAGUUGUAGCCGAUGCGAGUGCUGAUGAAAGUCCAACAGCUUGCGGGAGCAGUAAAUCGGAGUGCACUCCAAACGGAUGUUUUGUUUUGUUGGAAAAGCUGGCAGUCAUGCAGUCUCCAGCUAAAAUAUUUGCCUUGAUGAAAAAAGAAGAGAGGCGUCCUCUGAAACCAAAUGUUUUGUACCAAACAUCGGAAAAGCAAGAAAAUGUCAAGGCAAUUGAGCCCUUCAUGGAACUGCCUAUGGAUGAAACACAUAUCCAUAACAGUGUAGAUGUAGCCUGCAGUGACCGGUCCGUGUUUGCCGGCCAAAGAGAGAACGUCAGAAAGACUCCUUUGCCGAGGUUAGCCAAAGGAAAGCGUGGUGUUCUCUCCUCACAAGCUUGUGCUCCAGCUCAGCUGGAUGAUUCUGUACUGCUGGGUUCCCCACGUCUCGCUAUUCCUCAAAAGCAGAGGGUGAACUCUGACCUUGAGAGUAACUCUGAGAACCAAGACCCAAGGAUGAUUGAGGGGAUUCAGCUAAAGAAUUGGAUCCUGAAGCUGAGUGAUUCUAAACUUUUUGUUGACGGACAGAGAGUUGACAACAAAACACCCUGGCACAGCAACAGUAUAGUUGAACGCAUUGCAAGCAAUGUCCUGAAAACAGUCUCUGGAAGCACUUAUAUACUGGUUGGAAAUAUGUCAACCAAAUUGCAAUCUGGAUUACCCCAAUGGUUUCUGAAAAAGUUUCUCUUUGGCUUCCCUCAAAUGUGGAAACAGUACCUCAACACAUAUCUAAAAGAGUCAAAGGGCUUAAAUCACAACGAGAGUCAAGAGAGUUUUAAGCCUUCGAAGCGAAAGAAGCUGCCUCUGAAAGUGACCAAGCCAGAGAAGCCGGUAACCCCCAAGUUUACAUAUGAGACCCCACCAGAGAGAUCACGAGGGGACAGCCAGAAGCUGUCUCGCAGCGGCCGUGUCAUCAAACCCCCUCUGGAGUACUGGAGGGGGGGGCGUGUUGUCGUGGACAAGGACUUGAACGUCACGGUUCUUGAGGACUACUCUAUAGUGCAGGCGCCAAUGAACAGUGAAGCACAAGAAAAACCUCGGCAAAAGCGGGGCAAAAAACAAUCCAUAGUCACCCUAAAAGAAACAUGUCCAAGCAUGUCUAGCCAAGAUGAGAAGGAGACAAAGCUGAUUAGGAAAGCCAAGCCUUAUCGGCGACCAAGGUGGCAGACUGACGAGACUCCAUCCCAAAAGCAGAAGAAUUCCACCUUCGUAAUGCCCCAGACACAGGGCCAACACCCCAACGAGAGGAUACAGCAGGGAGCACUCAGGAGAUCUAGUAGGAGAUCUGCCAGUGCCUCACCACCAACGGAUGGCACCGAUACAGACACACCAGCUUUUCAAAACGAUGGCGAAGGUCAAACGCAACGACGUCGUCGCCAUGGAAGACCACCAAACCGCCAAGUGGCAGUCUGGUCUGAUCAGACGGAUACAGACACUCAAGCUGUUCACAUGGAAGGUGAAUUUCAAACGAAACGUCGCCGCCCAGGAAGAACACCAAGGCACCAGUCUGCAAUCUGUUCUGACUCGACAGAUACAGAUGCGCAAGCUGUUCACAAGGAUGGUGAAGGUCAAGCGAAACCUCGCCGCCAGGUAAGACCACCAAAACAACUCUUGCUGAACACAGAGGAGCCUGUGCGCCGAAGUUCCCGCUCCAGGUCCAAGACAAGGAGCAGCUCUGUGACCUCGCCGUCCCCUUCGGACACGGAACAGCAAGUGAUGGGACCGCCGAAGUCCCGAGCCAGGAGAGGACGUCGCAAAAACAAACUACCGGCAGCGGAUGACAGUGCCGCAGAUAUCUCCAACGAAGACUUUAUGCCUGACAGGGGCAGUGUCAAGCAGAAGAGGAAACCUAAAGGCAAGAAGGGGACUAAAACCGAUAAUACUGAGGAAGUUGACGACAGCCAGUGGACGGAUCAAGAGAAGCAAAAGCUUCACAAGGCCAUCAGCUCCUUGCCCAAGUACUCUCCCACCUUCUGGGUAAAUGUUGCCUUGGAGGUGGGCACUCGUUCUCCAGAGGAGUGCCAAGAGCAGUACUCUGCCCAGCAACAGAACUCCCACACCAAGUCCAGACAGAAGAAGCAGCCUAAGCCCAUUGAGGAACCAGUCAAGGAGAUGCCUCAGAUCACAGCCAAAGCUGGUACACUGAGAAGGAAACAGCAGAUUCGCAAUGUCUUGGACCACAUACCCAAAGACGACCACGAUGAUAUCUUCACCAGCUCACCUAUGCAGAAGAGACUUAAGAAGUUGCCCACGUUUUCGGACUGCGGAGAUGGGGAUCCCUUGGGUCAGCUGGCGAACCCUCAGACUCCCAGCUCUAGCUCAAACAUGUUUGUGGGGGUGAAGACUCCAAAGUGUCUGCACAUCAGCCCUGGCAUGUUCCCGUCGAUCGACAGGAAUGACAACGACAAGUACGUCUUCCACUUCCAAAAUAAAAUGAAAAAGGGCAAAGGGAGAGGCACCCAGGCUAAUACAAAGUCAGACAAGAACUGCGCCCCUUCUCCUUCAGUGAAACAGACAGAGAAGACACGUGUUGCGGAAGAUGAUUCCUUUGUUGUUUGGGAAAUGUUCUCUCAAAAGGAGGCUCCAUCUUUACCAAAUGAAGAAAGUGAGGAGGAGGACUAUUAUUUUUCUGAUGCCUGAAAUGCCUGAGAUUUUUUUUUAUUUUUAUUUUUUUAAGAAAUAUAGAUGUAUAUAUAGUUAUGAACCUUUUUUGGGCAGAUCAAAUGUUUUUUUUUUCUUUUUACGGUUUUUAAUGGACUUCUCUGCAAUAAACUAUCAGUGUUUAACCAGCGUGUGGAUAUGUCUUUAAAAGAUUG